UGGGUGUGUGGGUGUGGGUGUGUGGGUGUGGUGUGGGUGGGUGUGGGGGUGUGGGUGUGGAUGCGGGUAUCCAUGCAGAUAUACACCCACACCCACACCCAUCAUAACAAGCUAUCGGAACAAACAUACCAUAUCUUAUAGGCGGCAAGACCAUGAGACCUUCCAUAGGCUAGGAAACGGCUCAAACAUUUAUUCCUCGUUCCAUUAGUUUGAUAGAUUUAUGAAGUGCAUAACGUUCAACUUUUUCACUACUGUUAGCAACAAUUAGUAACUUUCUUUUUUUUUUCUGAAGCAGACUUAGAACAUGUUCAAUUCUGUACGACCAAAUGUUAAGUUCUAUAUUGUUAAUGACUUGAACUAGUACUCAUUUGUAACAAGUAAAAUAGAAGAGUACCGGAAACUCGAGUUAGAUCUAACUAAAAGCCACCGAAAGUUUUCUUUUUUUUUGUGAACAUUACUGUUUCAUCGUUAUUCUGUUUUUCAGUAACGCACAUCGGAAAUUCUUCUUUCAACAGUCGAAAUUAGAUUGUUAUUUAUGGCCACGUCUUUUGUAGACAACGUUGAGAAUUUUUUCUGAACUGUAACACCUCUAUACAGUUCAAUAUAUCAAUCAGAAAUAACGAAGCACUAGCUCGAAUUCAUUUCAAUACCAUAGAAACAUUCGUCGUCUCCUCUUCAAGAUGAGAAUCUUAGAAAAGAUUGCUAACCCUAAUAUAGACUCAAAGUGUUUCACCGUUGAUGCGACUAAGGAUCAUUGACUGCAAGAAUUUACGGACUCGGACCUGAUCGAUUGAAAUUUGUUGCACUUGCAUCCGGUCGGUAAGACAGACCCGAUAGGAUUUAUAUGGGACAUAGACAUUGGAAUUAUUAUUCUAUUUUUUUUUCUUAAGGUUUGGAUUUAAUGCAGAUCCAUUUCAUGAUCAUUUAUUUCAUGUUUAUCGUUUCAACGUUAAUUGA